AUGAACAAGAACGAAGAUAUUUUAUCGAAGGCUACACCAAAUUUUAUAUACAAGUUUUUUACAGAGCCUAAUUCACCUGAAGCAUUAAGAUGGAUAAACUCUGAGGUGAAUUUAAUAUGUUUUAGUCAAAUGAAUGCAGGGGGGAGUCAGGUAUUUUUAAAAGUAAUUGAUGGAAGUAUUCCACCACAAUAUUAUGCUAUUGUCCAUUUAGGUGCCGAAAAUAAUGGAAGUAUGGAUCCUCCAAUAUCUUAUGUAAAAAAAGUAAUUAGAAUACAGAACUUUUCUAUAACAAAUUAUUAUGGAAAGCUUUUUAUUUUAGCAAAAAAAGUUACAAUUUAUUUAAAUAUUGAAAGUUUUGAUAUAGAAGAUUUAUUUAAAAAACACCACUUACAAAGUAUAUCUUAUUUGCUUUUAAAUUCACAAAAUGAUUAUGGUGGUUCUAAUGAUCAGCGUCAUCCAACUAGCAAUAGAACUAGGGAUGGAAGUAGUUAUGCAGGCGAAGGAUAUAAUAACAAUAAUAAUGACAAUAACGGCAACUAUCCUAAAUACACCAAUAACCCCCCUAAUGAUUAUAGCCAAAGAAACAAUUCCAAUGGGAAUAAUCCAAGAGGAAACACCAUACCAUAUGACUAUGACGAUAUGCAUAGAGGAAAUAAUAACAAAGGAUGCAAUAAUAAUUGGCAAAGUUCAAAGAAUUAUAAUAAGACAGAUGAUGAAAACUAUGAAAUGAAUUAUCGCAAUCCUAAUAUGAGUAUAACAAAAGAUACACCCAUUAAAAAUAACAUGUCAGGUGGAUAUAAUGAACCUUAUAAUAACAAAGAAAAUAUGAACUUUAGAGAAGAUCCUUCACGAUAUGGCCCUAAUGGGCGAAAUGGUUACAAUAAUCCCCAUAAUAAUAAUGAAAAUAACAAUUAUUAUAAUAGGGAUGAUGAUGAUAAAAACAAUAUGGGGCUAAAUAAUAGAUCGAGAGCACCAUACAAUGAGUACCCAAAUUAUAACAAUAAUAUAACUAGUCAAAAUGAUGGAAGAUUACCAAUGCAAGAAAAAAAUAUAAAUGCAUGUAAAUUUAAUUCGGAAUAUAGCAAUAAUAGAAAUUAUACAACGAGUUAUGACCAAAAUCGCACUUAUGAAAAUGCUCAAUACAAUAAUAGUAAUAAGAGCCAAACUCAUAACAUCAAUAUAAAUCCAAAUGCACACCAAACUGGAAAAUAUGAUAUGCAUGCUCACAAAAUGGGGGAUUCUGGAUAUUAUAGUGGCGAUAAUAAUAGAAAUAGUAAUAACAAUAGCUAUCAGAAAAAUAUAGACCAAGGAUUUUUAAAAUCCAAAUCCUCAGGUUCCUUGCCACUUGAAUCUGAGAUGAGCGAAAGAAGUAGAUCCCAAGAAUAUAAAUAUGAAUCAAGCAACGGAAGAUAUAGCGAAAGAAGAGAAGGAAAUAUAAUGGACAAUUACGGGCGAAAUAAAUCUGGAAUGAUGCCUGGGGAAACUAGGCAAGGUGAUUUUCAGGGAAAUAACAAUUAUUACAACGAAAGAGAUAAUAAUAAUGGUUUUAUAAAAAAUGGAAAUAAUAGAUUAAACGAAAGUACAAAGGAAAAUGCAAUGUAUAGAGAAAGAAGUGUCGAUAAUUAUAAUUCUCAUAACGAUAAUAAUAUGAAUAUGGGAGGUAGUAUAUAUGGAGCAGAAAAAGAAAAUAUUCACAUUCCUAAAAAGGGAAAUUGUGGAAGUGAUGAGAUGAUAGAACAAAGAAAACGAGCUACUCUGGCAAAAGAAAUAAAUAAUAAUGGAAAUACUCGUAACACUGAUUUAGAAAUUGAUAGAACUCGAUGUAACAGUUAUGAAAAAACAGACAAUUCUAACUUUAAUCAGCGGGGUGACAAAAAAGGUAGCUAUAUGAAAAGUGUCGAAGAUUGUUCAAAUAGCAUGAAUGGCAGUAUGAUUUACAUGAACGAAACAAAUGAAACGCUAAGCAACUUUGAUGAUGUAAAUGAGAAAAAAAAAGUAAAUGAAACAAAAUUAUUAAAAGAAAACAAUUUGAAUAGAAAUAACAGAAAAUGUAAUCCUUAUCCAAAUAGUGCAGUUAUAAAAAUAAAUGAUGGUAUAUUAAUGCCAAUAAAUAAAUUGUCACAAUAUUCUACAAAAUGGAUAAUCAAAGCUAGAGUUCAAUCAAAAGAUAGUAUAAGAAAAUUUUAUACUGGUAAUAAAGAAGGGAAAGUAUUUAACAUCGAAUUAUGUGAUGAAUCUGGGGAAAUAAAGGUAAAUUUUUUUGGGAAAGCGGUAGACAAAUGGUAUGAUUAUUUAGAAGUUGGUAAAAUAUAUAAAAUAAGUAAAGGGAAUAUAAAAAGCGCUAAUAAAAAAUUUAAUACGUUAAAACAUGAUUGUGAAAUAACUUUAGAUGAAAAUUCAAUUUUAGAAUUAUUAGAAGAAAAUGAUAUGAAUAUACCAAAAUAUAUUUAUAAUUUUUAUCCAAUUAGUGAAAUAAAAGCUAAUAUUAAUACAGGAACUUUAGUAGAUGUAAUAGGAAUAGUAUUAAGUUUUCAAGAGCUAAAUCAAAUCCUUAUUAAAAAAACUGGACAAUACAAAGAAAAAAAGGAUUUGAUGCUAAUUGAUGAAACAAAUGAAACUAUUAAUGUAACACUUUGGGGUGAAAGCGCUGUAAAAAUGGAAGAAAUGAAUAUAACUGAAAAUUGUAUUAUAUGUUUUAAAUGCUUAAAAGUAGGUGAAUGGCAAGGGAAAAAAUUAGAAUCGCAUCCCAAAACAAAAGUAGAAAUAGAUCCAGAAUUAGAUAAAGCAUAUACUUUAAAAAAUUGGUGGGCAAAUAAUAAAAAAAAUGUUUAUAAUACAAUAAAUUUGAAUACUUCUACUUCGAAUAAUAAUAUGCUAAAUUUAGAAUCACAAAAAACUAUACAGGAAAUUAAAAAAAAUGUUAAUUUAGCAAAUGAAGAAGUGCUAUCCGGAAAGGGAAUAAUUUUUACAACUUUUGGGUUUAUAGAUCACAUAUACAAUUCAAUACCUGUAUAUUCAGCCUGCCCUAAUUGUAACAAAAAAAUGGUAGCAACGGUUAUAGAAGAUGGUGAACAAGAUAUGGACGAAAAUGUUUCAGAGUCUAUGUAUUGUUCUAAGUGCAAUAAAAAUAAUAUACCAGUAUAUAAUUAUUCUAUUAAUUUAAAAAUUACUGAUAAUACAGAUUCUUUAAGAGUAUCUGCCUUUGCAAAUUCUGCUAAAACGAUUAUGAAUGGGCUAUCAGCUGAAGAAUUUAUGAAGCUAAGACAAGAAUAUAUUUCUCAAGAAAAUAUUGAAAAUUUUGAUAUUAUAGAAAAAGUAAAGCUCAAUGAAUUUUUUUUCAGGAUCAAAGCAUAUAUGACUUCUCACAUGGAUGAGAUAAAAAAAAAUUACACUAUUAUUGAGACUAUACCCAUAAGCAAACUCUUGGUUGAUAACUGUCGCUACUUGAUCAAGGAAAUCAAACUAGCAACAGAAACUAUCCAAGAAUAA